CAGAGUUACACUGGCAAGGAGGGUGCGGGGUUGGGCACUGGGUUGGCGAUAAAUGACGAGUCUGGCGGAGCUGCGGCAUCUGCGGCAAACUCGAAGAGGGUUCUUGGCAAGAACAAAACGAUGAUCAGAGUCAAUUCAGAUGGCCUGGAGUUGUCUACUGACGGAUCAACAGAAAAGAAUAGGUUUAAACUGUGCCACGUGAGUUUUGUGAGUGCAGCCUUCACCUACUCUCACUGUGCUGCCAUCAUCUGCCAAAGUGUCUCCUCCCCCACCAAGUGGAGAGCCUAUCUGUUGCUCUUCUCCAAGCCCAAAUACGCCAAACGAUUCGCAGUCUUCAUGGCCAGACAAUUCGACGUCGGCUACGAGAAGUGGCAGAGCGAACAAGCAGCGGGAACCUUGGAUUUGGCAGUGGAACAGGAAGCACUCAAGCUCAAAUCACGUCUGAAGCAAGGGUUGACAAACAAGACGUUUGUUCUGGAUGACGAGGACGAUCUUGUCAUUACGCCCAAGACCUCGACAAGUACACCGGGUGUCCAACAUGCAAAAACAUUCUCGGAUACAGGAAACGAGGCGGGAGACAAAACCGAACAUUCAUCGGAACACAACUGUCCCACGACGAACAACUCAGGUCAGAUUUCCCACGUGACAUCAUCUUCAUCCUCGGUCAACGAGGUUUUCGCUGAAACUCAUAAUGAAGACCGAGCAAUUGCAGAUCAGCCUCGUGAUUCUCGUGAUCAGUCCCAAAUGUCGCGGAGAAUAGUAGGAACCCGUCCGCAAUCUGUAAAAACCCCGACUGGAUUCCCAUCUCAAAGCGUCCCUCAACAUCUUCUAGAUUCGCGAGAAGGUUACAAUGAGUUUGCCAAUGCCGAGCGAGAACUAUGUUCCCUGAUGAAGGGAAGUCACGUGCAGAAAGACCACUCCUCGUCUCCCAUUUUGGACGACCCUUUUGCCUCGAGAACCGCAGCGUCAUGGGCUCCUCAUCAAGACCCAUUUAUGUCCUUUUUCGAAAUGCGUAAUUCAAACAUGGACCCAUCCGAUACCUCUUUCUCUUCGACUUCUUUGUUCUCAACUCAGAUGUCAAAUGGAGGCGUGUCAGGAUUCACCCCCUUUGAAAACAUUGAAGAACACAAAGUUGGCGAGCAAGAAGAAAAUCAAAACCAAAACUUCUUACUCGAAUUGUGAUUUCAAGUCGAGUAAUUCUUACUCGAAUUGCAAACGAGCGAGUCGCAAAAUGUCCUCGUCAUCUAGUUGCUGACAAACCCGUCCACCUCUUAUUUAUUCCUCGGACUUAUGUGACAUUAUAUCCAAUUUGGCUUUCAUUUUCCGUUUAAUUUUCAAAUGCCUAUUUUUCUGAUUCCUCAU